AUGUUACUUGAAAUUUCUACACAAUUAGCAAGAAUCGUUUUGAUAUCAUUGAUGAUUUUGGGAACUAUACGCAAUGUUCUUAAUUUGUUCAUUUUUACUCGACCUAGAUUUUUACGUUCAUCAUGUACAUUAUAUUUUAUCGCUGUUUCCAUCAAUAAUAUUAUUGCGAUUUAUGUAUCGAUAUUCAAUAGACUUCUUAUUGGUGGAUUCUCUAUUGAUGUUGGAUUAUCAUCAACAAUUGUGUGUAAACUAAGACCUUAUAUUGGCUAUGUAAUUUUAGCUUUGUUACCAUAUUUUUAUGUUUUGACUUGUUUUGAUCGAUAUUGCUCGAGUUCGGCAUCGGUCAUAUGUCGUCCUUGGAGUAAUAAAACAAUGGCUAAACGAUUUAUCUGUGGAGCAAUAGUUCUAGCUGCUAUUCUCUAUUCGCAUAUGUCUAUAUUUUUUCAAAUUCAAAAAGUUGGAUCUGAUACCAUAUGUUAUCCUGAACAAGGACUUUAUGAUUCAUUUUUGGAGAAUAUUCUAUAUAACUAUCUACUGUUUUUUUCCAUCUACUUUCCUCCAUUACCAACUACAAAUGAUAUACAUCGACGUCUUAAAAUUCAUUUGAUUCGAAUAUUAUUUUCACAUUUUUUAACUCAAAUUCUAUGUGUUUUACCAUUUGCUAUUAUCACUCUUCUCGGCAUGUUUGUCGAUAGAACUACAAUAGUCUACACAUUUGUUUUAAGGAUUCUUACACUUCCACUAUUUGUUAGUUAUACAAUAGCAUUUUAUGUGAAUACAUUGUCAUCUCAAAUUUAUCGGCGACAACUUAUAAAAUUAAUAAAAAAAAUUCCACCUGUUUACGGUUAUCGUACUGAGAAACUUGUUUCUAUUGAAAAAGCACUAGAACCUAUCGUACCUCACAUUGAUGAACUACCAUAUUACAUAAAAAUAGCUAAAAAGUACUGUCAUUUCCCAUCAGAACAUGGACUAACACAAGAUCAAUCAGCUGCUAUCUAUAUUUAUAUAAUGGAAUGGGGUGAUAUUACAUUGUAUCAUGUUUUGGAUAAAGCAUUGUGA